GGCGCGGCGCUGCUGUCAUGGCGGAGACCCUCUGGAGUACUGACACUGCGGAAGCAGUGUAUCGCUCCCGCGACCCAGUGCGCAACUUGCGCCUCCGAGUCCACCUGCAAAGAGUCACGUCAAACACCUUUCUCCAGUACCAACCAGCUGCCCAGCCCGGGAAGGACGUCAUAGACUUGGCCACUUUUAGGCCCCACCAGAGCGCUAGUGGACACCGUCCAGAUGAAGAUGAAGAGGAGGAGGUCGUGAUUGGGUGGCAGGAGAAGCUCUUUAGCCAGUUUGAGGUAGAUCUGUACCAAAAUGAAGCAGCCUGCCAGAGCCCUUUGGAUCAUCAGUACCGUCAAGAGAUCCUGCAGCUGGAGGAUUCAGGUGGCAGGAGAAACCGACGAAUCUUUACCUAUACUGAUUCUGACAGAUACACCAACUUGGAGGAGCACUGUCAGAAAAUGACCACCGCAGCCAGUGAAGUGCCAUCAUUUUUGGUCGAGCGAAUGGCAAAUGUCAGGCGGCGGCGGCAGGACCGACGAGGGAUGGAGGGUGGCAUACUCAAGUCACGCAUCGUCACCUGGGAGCCCUCAGAGGAAUUCAUCAGGAACAACCAUGUCAUUAACACCCCUCUUCAGACGAUGUACAUCAUGGCAGACCUGGGGCCCUGUGGAAAGCUUGGCUAUAAGAAGCAUGAACAGGUCCUCUGUACUCUGAAGGUGGACAGCAAUGGUGUGAUCACGGUGAAACCUGACUUCACUGGGCUCAAAGGACCCUACAGAAUUGAGACAGAGGGGGAGAAGCCGGAGCUGUGGAAAUAUACGAUUGACAACGUGUCCUCACUCGCACAGCCAGAGGAGGAGGAGCGGGAGCGGCGUGUAUUUAAGGAUCUAUAUGGCCGGCACAAGGAGUAUCUCAGCAGCCUCGUGGGCACUGACUUUGAGAUGACUGCCCCAGGUGCCCUCCGGCUCUUUGUAAAUGGAGAGGUAGUUUCAGCUCAAGGCUAUGAAUAUGACAAUCUCUACGUCCACUUCUUUGUGGAAUUGCCAACUACUAACUGGUCAAGCCCAGCAUUCCAGCAGCUCUCAGGAACAACACAGACCUGUGCCACCAAAUCCCUGGGAAUGGACAAGGUGGCUCACUUUUCCUAUCCAUUCACAUUUGAGGCUUCCUUUCUCCAUGAGGACGAAUCUGCUGAUGCUCUGCUGGAGUGGCCUGUGCUCUACUGUGAGGUUCUCUCUCUAGACUUCUGGCAGAGGUAUCGUGUGGAAGGCUAUGGGGCAGUGGUGCUGCCUGGCACCCCAGGCUCCCACACCCUGACAGUCUCCACGUGGAGACCCAUGGAGCUCGGCACGGUGGCUGAGCUGAGGAGGUUCUUCAUUGGUGGUUCUUUGGAACUGGAGGAUCUCUCCUACGUGCGGAUACCAGGAACCUUCAAGGGGGAACGUCUGAGUCGUUUUGGAUUCCGCACGGAGACCACAGGCAGUGUCACCUUCCGCUUCCACUGUGUGCAGCAGUCCAGGGCCUUCAUGGAAUCGAGCUCUCUCCGGAAAAGGAUGCGGAGCGUGUUGGACCGUCUGGAAGGGUUCAGCCAGCAGAGCUCCAUUCACAAUGUGCUAGAGGCCUUCCGUCGAGCACGGCGCCGCAUGCAGGAGGCCCGAGAAAGCCUUCCCCAGGAUCCAGUGAGCCCCUCUGGAACCAUGGUCUCCUAGCUCACUGCAAUCUAGCCCUCAGUGGAAGAGGAAAAGACUAGUAGUAUGUAAGGCCAGUGCUCUCCAGCCACUUUGUCGUUCCCAUUAGAGACCACACUUACCUGCCAAGAAUCAGAAGAACUGGGAAAACCCCCAGGCCAGCCCCUCAGCCUAGACCUCAGCAGGUCUGCUCCCUGCCACAUGGAAAUGAAGCCAGACACCCCGUGACCGCCCCAUAUGGUCCUCUCCUUUUCAUAUUUCAGCUAUGAAAUGCACAUCCCAACAAGGCAGGCAUUUUGGUCUGAGACGAGUUUGAGGUGACCCCAUAAUUAGUUUUGUCCCUGACACUGCCUCUUUUCUUUCUUGUCUCAGACCCAGUAGCAGAGCUCUGCGGAUAUUUACUGCCCCAUAAUGUUCUUUAAAAAUGGAGGCCCAAGAAAGAAGAAAGACAGUGAGGGAAAUCUUAAAUUCAUGCCUGUGAGUCUCAGCCUGCUCUUUCCAGGGUAUCCUUGUUGUACAGCUUGGGACUUACGGAGUUUGAGACAUAGCUGAUUCCUGGAGUAACUGAGAACUGAAGGCAAUGCCUAGCCCUUUUUGCCAGCUGGGUGGCAUUUUUGGU